AAAGAAUUACUGCAGAAAAAAAUUAGCGCUAUUAAGUUGCCUUCUUUCAUAGAAGAUAUCGUUAUUACGAAAAUAAAUCUUGGCGAUACACCGCCACUAAUACAUCGUGUCUCGCAACCCAUGCUGGAUGAGCGCGGCACUUGGGUAGAUGCCGACAUCACCUAUGAAGGAUUGCUACAGUUGACGGUCACCACCAAAUUGAAUUUGAUGCGCAUAAAACAGCAGAAGCGUCCCACAGAUGUAGUCAACAUAACCACCACCAAUCCAUUGCAUACCGGCGGCAACACCAGUGCGUCAAAUGGUGGUGGUGGUGGUGGUGCCGCUGGCAUUAAUAUCACCGCAAUACCACCCAUUAAUGUGAUUUCUGAUGGAGAGACUGGAAGAAGCUUAACUACUAGACUAACCUCGGCUGAGCCCAACACCGAUGAUGUGUCGCAUAGUGUUAUAUUUGACAGCGAUGCGGAGAGUACGGGUGAUUCUGAUUCCGAUCCAGAGAGUGUCAGCGCAUCAGCGGCGACCACACUACCGAACGUGAGUUCGGCAAUGACGGCGACUGGCGCUGCUACACAGGCGGACGUUGGUGCAGGCGCGCAGGCAGACUACCAUUUUAUACCCACAGCGCCUGGAAAUGCGCGUCGCAUUUUUCGUAUUGUAGAUCGCAUAGCAGCCUCAAAUUUCUUUCAGUAUGCCACCGAUUUGCCAGUUGUACAGCGUGCCAUUGAGAAUAUGAAUACAAAUAUAACGCUACGCGUAGAUCUGAGAGGACUAGUCGGACGUGGCGUGAUAAACAUUCCACCACCACCUUCCGAUCGUAUAUGGCUUUCCUUUCGUGGUCCACCACGCCUUUGGCUAUCAGCAAAGCCAGCGCUUGGUGAAAAAUCUGUGGAUUACAGCAUUGUGACCAGCAUUAUUGAAAGCAAAUUAUGCGAGGUGGUAAAUAAGUUUUUAGUUUAUCCUAAUAUGGUCGACGUCACUAUACCUUUUUUGGGUCAGCCGACAUACGAGUAUUUGCGUGGCGAGAAAGCGAAACGCACUGAAUAGAUUUGUAAUAGAUAAGUUGUACAUGAAAAAUUCC